UCUCUCCACACCAGCUCUGAGUGGAUGCUCAGCAGGGGUGUUUCAGAUAUUAGCGCGCUGUGGGGGGCAACGGCUCAGGGACUUCUACCAUCCAGACACAACGAGCCGUCAGUGAGGAGGAAUAUGGGCAAAUCCGAAAGUCAAAUGGAUAUCAUGGAGAAAUCAAGUAAACCAGGAAAGCGUCGUUGGACUUUUGCAGAAAUCGGUCUGUCCGUCCUGCUGCUGUUGGUCAGCUGUGCCUUGGCCGGGCUGGUAGUUCUCUACACAUCGGUUGUGAAAGAACAAUCUAACAAGAAGAGUGUGUCGAGGAGCUCAACAAUUGAAGGCCAGCUGUUACGCAACAACCUCAACAGUGUGUGCACAACUGCAGACUGUGUUACUGCAGCUGCUCGGCUCCUGCGGAACAUGGAUAAUUCUGUGGAGCCUUGUGCUAAUUUUUACCAGUAUGCUUGCGGGGGUUGGCUGGAGAGACACGUUAUCCCAGAGACGAGCUCCCGCCACAGCGUCUUUGACAUUUUGAGGGACAAGCUGGAGAUUGUGCUCAAAGGUGUUCUUGAGACAGAGAAUGAACAGGACAGAAAUGCCAUCAAGAAGGCCAAAGUCCUUUACAACUCCUGCAUGAAUGAGAGCCUCAUAGAGCAGCGUGACGCCCAGCCGCUCCUGAAGCUCAUCGAGAGUAUCGGAGACUGGCCGGUGGCGUCAGAUGCCUGGAACGCCACUACAGAGGAAGCAUGGAGCCUUGAGGAUACGCUGGCAAAGCUUACUGCUCGUUUCCACAAGAAGGUUCUGCUGGACAUGUACGUGUGGACGGACGACCGAGACUCUCGGCGCCACAUCAUUUAUAUUGACCAACCAGGACUUGGAAUGCCAUCCAGAGACUAUUACUUCAAUGAUGGAAACUACAAAAAGGUUCGAGAGGCGUAUCUACAUUUCAUGGUUUCUAUCGCGAAGAUAACCCGAGAGGACAGGAACUUGACUCAGGAUGAUGACCGCGUGUGGGAGGAAAUGAUGCAAGUGCUGGAGCUGGAGACAGACAUCGCCAAUGCCACAUCACCAGCAGAGGAGCGCCAAGAUGUCACUGUUCUCUACUACAAGACGACACUCGAAGAGCUUCAGAGCACUUUCAGCUUUAAUGGUUUUAACUGGACACAAUUUAUUCAAGGCGUGCUGUCCAGUGUGUCCGUAGAGGUGCAGCAAGAGGAGGAGGUGGUGGUUUACAGCUCCCCUUACCUUGAGAAGAUGAACAACAUUCUCUCCAAACACAGUGUCAGAACUAUGCAGAACUACCUCACCUGGCAGCUCAUCAUUGACAGAGUUAAUAGCUUAAGUCGGCGUUUCAAAGACGCCAGAGCCCGUUACAGAAAGACUCUCUAUGGGACCACUGUGGAGGAUGCUUGGUGGCGAGAAUGUGUCCGUUAUGUCCAGAGCAGCAUGGAGAACGCAGUUGGAGCUCUGUAUGUGCGUGAAACCUUCGCUGGUGAAAGUAAACAAAUGGUCAGCGACCUUAUCGGUAAGAUCCAGAAAGCGUAUGUGGAAACACUGGAGGAGUUGAGUUGGAUGGACUCUCCCUCAAAGGAGAAGGCAAGAGAGAAGGCCAUGGCAAUCAAGGAGCAUAUUGGCUAUCCAGAUCAUAUUCUGCAGGAGAGCAACCAGAAGCUCGACCAGGAGUACACGCAUCUGAAUUUUAGUGAAGAGCACUACUUUGAAAACAUUCUCGAGAACCUCAAGUCUGAAGCACACAAGAGUCUGAAGAAGCUCCGAGAACCAGUUGACCCUGACUUGUGGAUCAUUGGUGCUGCUGUGGUGAAUGCAUUCUACUCACCCAACAGAAACCAGAUCGUGUUCCCAGCAGGAAUCCUGCAGCCGCCUUUCUUCAGUAAACAUCAGCACCAGGCCCUUAACUUUGGUGGAAUAGGAAUGGUCAUCGGACAUGAGAUCACACACGGAUUUGAUGACAACGGGCGUAAUUUUGACAUGGAUGGUAAUAUGCUAAACUGGUGGAGUAAUUACUCUGCUGAGCAUUUUAAAGAGCAGUCCCAGUGCAUGGUGCAACAAUAUGGCAACUUCAACUGGAAGCUAGCGGGUGGACAAAACGUCAGUGGAAUCAGCACUUUGGGGGAGAAUAUUGCAGACAAUGGAGGCGUUCGUCAAGCAUAUAAGGCUUAUCUAAAGUGGGUGGAGACGGAGGGGGAGGAGCCUCAUCUACCUGGUCUAGACAUGAAUCACAAGCAACUUUUCUUUCUUAACUUUGCCCAAGUGUGGUGUGGUGCUUAUCGGCCUGAGUAUGCCAGCCAGUCCAUCAAGACUGACUCGCACAGUCCCUUGGAGUACAGGGUGCUUGGAUCUCUCCAGAACUUCGAAGCCUUCUCAGAAGCUUUUCAAUGCCAAAAGGGCAGUCAAAUGAACCCCGAGCGGAAGUGUCGUGUCUGGUAGAAAGUUUUACAAUCGAGAAAUGUAUUUCUUGACUUGUUCAACUCAUAUCAAAAGAACAAGUUGUGCUCCUUAAACCCGCAGAGACAUGCUGCUUAUUUCCAAUUCAUUUGAGGAUGUGAUGUUGUCACAAUGGAUGUCAUCCUGGACUACGUCCUAGUUUCAAAACUUGAAGCCCAUAUACAUUUAGAAUACAUAGAAUAAACUUGCUAAAGUAUCUCCUCAAAUUUGAAGUGUUGUCUCUGGAUGAGUAGAUCACUUGUUCUGUUUUUUGCUUUGUCCCACGGCAGACGAUGAGUGGGUACAUGAAUAAAAAGGCUACAUGGAAAACGGAGACCUUGAGAAAAAAAGGUUGAAGCUUUUACGGCUGGCUUUAAAUGCUUGGCCUGCCUUUCUUGAAUUAAUCUUUAAAGAAAUCUCUCGUGCAGAUCUUUGUGAUUUAUCAAGUAUUAUUUGGCAAAGAGCUGCCUUUGUUGUCUUUCCUCUGAUGUAUUGUUUUCCAGACAGUCUGUCACUUCAGAAGAAACAAUAGUGAACAAAUCUAACUCUGACUGAAGAGUAUGAAAUAAAUGGAAGCUCUGGGCUUUGUCGAAGUAGAGCUACAAUAGAAUUAGUCACACUCUAAGAGUUUGUUCAUUUACUGUUACACGAAACAAAUUACCUAAAGACUUUAAGACUGUUAAAUCUUUGCAGCUUCAACCAUGAAUUAACAUUCUAAGAAAGCUGCGGCUUUCAACAUUUGUACACAAAAAAAUGUACAAAGCUAUUAAGUACUUUUUGGAGGAUCAUCUUUUUUCUAUGUUUCUUUUUCAUGUCCUGCAAAUGAUUGUUGCUCAGUACUCACUGCAGAAAUGUAUACGUAUGUCAUGAAAGCUUUCCGAUGAGAAACCAUAUUCCAGAUGUUUUGAAAAAUACUGGUGGCCUGCUGAUUUUUUUAGCUUGUGAGAAAACACGUGUUGGGGAUGUGAUAAUGAUAAAAACAAACAAUGUAUAUCACAUUAUUGCAUUAAUAGUUAGUGCCAAGUUUAGAUACAGGUUUGGUUAAACAGUCGGUUCGGUGUUGUGUGUUUGAGCUCGUUCGCUCUCUUUUUUCUGCUUCCACACAUUCAACCUUUUACCAGAUUUUGUCAUAAAAAACUCCUAACGUGUCAUUUGUUAGAUUACAAUGGCAUUUCCCUACUUUAUAGAAUAUUACACUAUCUGCUUGUAUCAUAUAUGUAAGUUUACAUUUCAGUCGACAUGGUGAUCGAUGUGUAGACAAACUAUUAUUUCCUUCACUACACAAUCUCCUGAGAAAAGAGACACAAACACACCGUGAUAACAAGACUUUUAGCCUCUGGUAAAGCCAAUUACAUGCGAAGGGAGAAGAAGACCCUCCCAUACACACUCACACAUGAACAGGCAGCAGAUGAAGUGCUUUGUCCUCUGAUGUCGCAUUGAUCAGUGCUGUGUAAGAUUAAAGGAUGAAGUGCAGUGUGCUGAAGCGUGGUGACCGCUGCAGUCGAGCCACGAGCCCACGGGCAGACACACACUGAAGUAUGGGGCUUGUCAUUAAAGAGAUGGCCAGGGCCAGGACUGUUAUUUUCUACCUUUAUUAACAAGUAAUGACAGGAGAAUCAAAGCCGAGCAGAACUCAUGAGAGAGGCACUGGCGGCAGGAAGACACCGUUUUUGUGCUGAAGAGAGCCUAUAAACACAGCCCGAAAAACACACACACACACACACACACACACACAAAUCCAGUUCUGGAUGUUUGCUUGUCAUCCGUCACAUUCAGGAUGCCUUGGUAAACACGACUUUUAGGUCUCAACAGAGGCCGCUGAAUUGAAUGUGUAUAUUGAAGCUUUACUGUAUAUGAAAGUCUGUCUCGCAGUUUUUGCAUAUUGGCAGAUGUUGUCAGCAGAAAAUAGUUUUUAGUUUGACUCAGAAUGUAAGUGGUGAUUGUGUGACGCCAUCUUAAAGCGUGACAUUUUGAGAGUAAAGCAUUUAGAUGAGAAAAUGUAUACCACUCUCAUGUCUGCUUCUUUUUUUAUUUGAUGAAGCUAGAGACAGCAGAUGGUUAUAUUAGCUUAGCAAAACAACUAGAAACACGGUCUCUACAAGGCAGCUGGAUUCUUGCAAUGUAAUUGUGAUGUGCAAAUUGCGGGAUCAUAUAUCACAUAAAAAUCCAACUUGCCAGGCUUCAAGUAACGCGCUUGUGUUCGGGAAGCCAGAACAAGGACCAAUCUGUGUCUACUGGCCGCUCUGGGCGCGGCGAGACGACAGAGAGGCAACUGUUCAUUCUCAACAACAACGCCGUCUCCUAAAGAUGUUAACCUAGAUGCUGCAAUAGCAUCAGUUACAUUAGAACGGGAGAAUAUGUCGUUAUUGGAAUAGCAGCAAAGAAUGAUGCUGAAGGCUUUUCUCAAUGGGAAAAAUAUAUUUGCUUUUCAGUAACAAACCACGUGAAGAACCAGAACAGAAACUUUAGAUUUUGGCAUUGACAAAAAACAAACUGAAUGAAAAAAAAGUAAAUGGUGGCAUUGAAAUACUUAGAAGCAUUGCAUUGAGAACCAUCAUAACGCCAGUCAAAGUAAACAUUGACAAGAAACUGUCAGCGCAAAAGAAGACGAAGAAGAUAAAGAAAAACAAUUAGAAGACAAUCAAUGAAAAGCCAUGGUCACAAAAUCUACAAGUGUGUUCAAUAUGUAUUUAACGAUUGGAUACUUUUGAAAUAUCAGUAUUUCUUUUUUGUGCCAAUACAACAUUUCAAUGCCAAAAUGAAAGUCACUGUCUUGGCUCCAUACAGGUCUGGUUCUCUUCAACAAUAACAAAAAUCUGCCUUCCGGUAACAUAAACUGUUCCUCCCCAAACAAUACAAAGUGUUUAUACAACCACCUCCCAAAUGCUGCUCUCCUCUUAAAACGAUGGCAUAAUAGAGCCAUUGUAGGUUAAAUACACAAUUAGGGAGCCAGGGGAGAGGGGUCAAACAUUUACAAAAAUAUAUAUAUAUUUCCUGGUAUUAAAAUCACAAAUUUUAGAGAAUGUUUAAUUAUUUUAUUUUUUUAUAAAACUUUAUCUUGGGCCAUAACGAGCCUGGAGAAGAGACAUUAUCCACUUAUACUAGUUUGGGGUGAACUAUUUCUUUAAUAUGUUGCAUCUCAAUUGUAUAUCGAUCAAUUUGAACCAAAGCCAAACUAAAAAGAAGAAUUUGCCUUAUAUGCUGGACUAAUUUAAGUUGAAUACUUACAGACUAAACAGGUUGAUUUAGUUUCCAGUGCACUGAAUCAGGAUAGCUGUUUCCCUGUUUCCAGCCUCAGUGCUAAGCUAAGCUAACCGGCUGCUGGCUGCAGUCUUAUUUUUAGCAGUCAAAACAAUCGAGAGUGGUGUCAGUCUUCUCAUCUCACUCUCCUCCAGAAAGAAAGCUUCUCACUCCAAAUGUCAAACGGUAAAAUUAUAAAUCGUACGGUACGGAUUGGUCCUGGGUUUGAAGGGCAACAGCUUAGACUCCUUAUUUUUAUCUCGUUAUCCUAAAAGGAGUAAAACUGUUAAAAAAUGGUGACUGAACAUUAAAGGGUACAUUAGAUACAAUGUGUUAUUGUUGAUACUUGAUGUUCUGUACUGCAGUAUUUUCAUAUAAAGGAUUUCAAAUUAGGUAAGAAAGGAAGCGUACACGUCUUCCCUUAGUUCUUGCUUCACAUUUACGUACAUGGUGAACUUGUGUUGUUUUCAAAUUACCAGCCAAGUACAAAUACAUUAUUGUUAUAUUUGAACAUGUUUAAUCUAUAUACCCAUCAAAAGAGUUUUAUUUAUCUACAUAAAUAUUUAUGAACUAUGAUUGUUGCUUUGCAAAAAUGUAGACGUUAAAAAUGUUGAUGUUGGCUGCUAUGUAAUUAUCUAGAUUGCAUUAAAGUGUCUCAAAUGCUA